AUGGGCAGAAAGAAGGCCGGCAUUGAAGGCGGCGAAGGUGUGGGAGGAUGUGCGAUGGGUGGUAUGGAUGACAUUCAGAGUGCCUUUGCGCAGCUUCAAAACCUCAUGUCCAUGACGGCGAUGGGCAAGCCUGCGCUGAAUAUGAUGGGAGGCAUGCCGGUCCCCAUGCCCAAGAUGGGCGCAGGAACUCUGCCAGCUGCAUUUGCCACGUCAAGCAGUGGAGCACAUGGAGCACAUGGAGCACCACCUGCGCAGGCCAGUCACAUGCAGAAAGGCCACCAGACGGACAAAGAUGGCUAUGAUCCCAAGAAGAUCUAUGUGUCAGAGCACGGCCGGAUCCAUCCCGACAUCACAGACCUUUGCGAAGGUUUUUACAUUGAGCAACGCCAUGUGGAGAAGCUCAACGAGCUGAUGAAGAAUCGGCUGGACACUUGGGACGAAGAUCUCAAGAAGCUUCGGCAAAUCAUGGAGAAAGCGCGAUCUCCGUGCGGAAUGCUUGUCGUCAAGAUGAAAGAAAUCGAGGAUGGCAUAUUUGUUGCUGUGAAUCGCGAUAAGCGGAUGAAGCAUUUGGCAGAGAAGUUCAGGUUAGACGACAUCGCGCAAACGAAUAUUGCCGACAUCCUUGCAAGAUGCUCAGAGGAAAAGAAGGCCGAAUACUAUUAUGACCUGGAGAAGCACUUUGAGUGCUCCGGGAAGCCGUCAGCAACGGCCAUGCUGCUGAUCAAAAAGCUUGCUAGCGGUGAUCCACUCGGUCCUCCAGGCCGGCCGGCACCGGGCAGCUACUUGGACCGUGUGCAGCGGGGUGACAAGCCCGAGUCUCGUGAUCGGGGCCGUGAUCAGCGUGAUCAGCGUGAUCAGCGUGAUCAGCGUGAUCAGCGAGAUCGUGACAGAGCUCACGAUGCGCGUCGCGGAGAUCGUUCUCGUGAUCGAGGCUUCGAUCGGGAACGUCGUGAUGACCGUGGCGAAGGAAGAGGCGAUCGGCAGCAGCGAGAUCGUGACCGCCGAGACCGUGACGACCGCCGCGAGGACCGCCGCGACGACCGGCGCGACGAUCGCCGCGACGAGCGACGUGACGAGCGACGUGACCGUGAGAAUCGCAGAGACGACGACAGAAGGCCGGCUCCACGUGAGCCACAGCCCUUCAUCCCCCAGCCAAAGGGCAUGGAGCGACCUGAGAGAGGAGAAGGUUGCCCGGAGGCCGAAGGGUUGUCUGGCCGUGCAGCGGCGGAGGCCUUGCAGGCUGGGGCUGAAAGAGUUCGCAGAGAAGUUCAAGCGAACAUCCAAGCAGCCAUCAGGAAGGCCAUAACAGAGGGACGUCCAAUGGAAGAGUGGACAGCUUAA